GUAGAGGAAGUGGCGGCUGAUCUGGGUCCGCACCUUUUCCGGUAACACAGCACCGCCACCGCUGUGACUGAACGGCUGGAGAGAGAGAGAGAGGGAGGAAGAGAGACAGAGAGCGGCAAGAGCGGGGAGAAACGGUCCGGGGACAGGGGGAUGACUGCCGCAGACGGGGAAGAGAAGAAAGUCGGAUGAAUCAAUGACCUUUUGAGCGCUCUUCCUCUGGAUGUCCCGGCGCAGAAACGGACCGGAGAGGUUUAAUUUAGGCUUUUUGACAAGAAAAUCGCCGAGCUUUGAAAAUUCAACGACUGGAAUUAGCUAAGGCCAAUUGUGGACAGCCGGCAGCCAAGGAGGAAGUGGGAACCCCCGGGCUUGAACUGGGCCUGAUUUUUGUAUAGUCCGCUUCUGGUGAGAAGGCACUACUUUGUGUCAGUUUCCAGCUCCGCUGAGAGCAACAGGAUUUCGAGCGUUGAAAAAGAACUUGAAAUGUGGCUUUUGACGGAAGUCAAUGCUCAUAGGCGACUUUGAAACAUAUCGGGCUUUUUUCUUCUUCUUCUUACAUCGGAAUCAAUUGGAUCAUGAAAACAGACCCCCACUCAAGUCUGUGAGGGCUCCAUACACACUGCUUCUACUGAAUGCUCAGGUCAGAUCACCACAAACCAGCUAACUGUACUGUACAAACUUGCAAGCCACCACCUUUUGAACAUUGACACUUGUGUCAGCCCACCGCUGCCAUCACGUGGAGGACUUUCAGUAGCAACACAGUGAAACUGUAACUUCUCAGUGAUAUAUCCCCCCCCCCUAUUUUCUUCUCAUUGGAGAAGCUUCACUAUAUCUUCUAAAGAAGUAUUUAUGAACAGAAAACAAGAUGGGGAAAAUGCUUUCAAAGAUCUUUGGCAACAAGGAGAUGAGAAUAUUGAUGCUUGGACUUGAUGCUGCUGGGAAAACUACCAUCCUGUACAAGCUGAAGCUGGGACAGUCAGUCACCACCAUCCCCACUGUUGGUUUCAACGUGGAGACUGUCACCUAUAAGAAUGUGAAGUUCAAUGUGUGGGACGUGGGGGGACAAGAUAAGAUCAGGCCGCUCUGGAGACAUUACUACACGGGCACCCAGGGGCUCAUUUUUGUGGUGGACUGUGCCGACAGGGACAGGAUCGACGAGGCGAGGCAGGAGCUCCACCGCAUCAUCAACGACCGGGAGAUGCGGGACGCCAUCAUCCUCAUCUUUGCCAACAAGCAGGACCUGCCAGAUGCCAUGAAACCACACGAGAUCCAGGAGAAGCUGGGCCUGACGCGGAUCAGAGAUAGGAAUUGGUACGUUCAGCCUUCAUGUGCGACGACAGGGGACGGACUCUACGAGGGCCUGACCUGGCUUACCUCAAAUUAUAAGUCUUAAUGUUUCCCUCCCUUCCUCCUCCUUUCUCACCAGCCUGGACACUUGGAGGCAAAAGAAGUAGCUGAGAAUGAAAAAUAAUAAGUAAAAAGAAAAAAAGAUGCAAUCUGAAGCAAUUAAUACCAUGACCUCUCUGCUGAGUAUGUAUCAAAGAGGGUAGCAUUUACUUCUAGUUUUCUUUCUUUCUUUCUCUUUUUUUUGAUAAUGAUGACAUCACUAUAAUCACAGAUUUCAUUUAAGCAAAAAAACAACAUAUUUCUUGGCUUUUUUUUCUUUGUAGCUUGCUUUGGUUCACACUCUGUAUAACCAGCACUGUUUAAAUAUACAGUACGCUUUCUUUUACAGCAAAUUCUUUAUUUUUUAACUCCCUGUUUUUGUUUUUGUUUUUUGUGAUUUUUUUUCAGGGGACUAUGGGGGACACAUUUAUAUUUUCGCCCCAUGCUUAACCCUCAUUCAGUAUUCUCAGUCAUCACCCAGCUACAUAUCCAAAGGAUGAGGAAAGUCCAAAAAGACAAAAAACAAAUGGGGAAAAAAAAAAAAAAACAUUGCCUAGCACAACCGCAUAUCACCUUCAUUGGUCGAAGUUAUCGCUGUAAUAUGUAAGAAUGCGUGUUUAGGACCUUCCUUUUGUACUCGAUUGUACUGGGAUGAAUGAGGAUGUGUUAGUUACUUAUUUCAUGUGCAGUGAUUCCAUCCAUAAUGUCUACUGUGGCGGUUUGUUUGAAAGACACUAUGUGGACGCUCGAUAUUCUGACACACACAUACACACUGUGAUAUGGAUAUAUAUAUAUUUUUUGUUGUUUCAGGGUUUGAAUCUGUUACAACCAGUCUUAUCAUUUCCUCUCGAGCUUCCGUUACUGUUGAGUGUUUGUAGUUUCGGCUGCCUUAAGAGGGACCCGGGUUACAGGUGUCCCCACACCCCCUUCCCAAAAUCAAGACAGCAGAAGGUAUUCUUAGUUGCUGAGUUUGCACUGCAGGACAGAGCGAGGGAGGGAGGGAGAGGGGUUGGUUAGCAACAAGCUGGCUGUGCACAUUUUUACUCUCUGUGACUGACUUUUGGACCCCAGCAAAUGUUAACCAAAUACCCAACCCUCCCCAUUCACCACCACCUCCUCCUCUAAUGCAGGUGCUCCAGUGACUUCAACCCCCUUCUCUUUUCUUUAAUUAUUAUUAUUUUUAAAAUCAUCAGCCUGUAUGGUCCUGCAAACACCAAACUGGCUAUUCUGUUAACGCUUUAUAGAUGCCGCUGUUUUAUUUCUUCUCUUUUUUUUUCCCUUUUGCUAUUGCUGAUAAAAUAAUAAAAAAAAUUAUAUAUCCAGAUCAGUACGGAAGUGAUGCCUUUUCAAUGAGCAGCUGCUACCGUAGCAAAAGUCGUAUUUCACAAAAGUUCCCAAAAGAGGAAACGAGAGCUUCAGGGCGUUAUAAUGACUGAAAGAAACUCAAACGAACGCAAAGUGAAGUGAGCGUCAGCCCGUUUCCUUUCUGCUGUUGAGUGCGUGCGUGUGUGUGUGUCUGUGUCUGAGUCAUUUGCUGUGAAUAAAUGAUGAGAUCUCUA